AUGGCGGUGGUGGACAAGUGGACGGGCCUAGGUUCCGCGCUCGCGAGCUUCCUCUUCCUGUGGUCCAUGGUGCAGAGACACGUCCCCGUCACCCUCAGCCACCGCGUCGCCACCUGGGCCAACAAGCUCGCCUCCUACUUCAACCCCUACCUGGAGAUCACCAUCUCCGAGUACGGCGCCGAGCGCUUCCACCGCAGCGACUUCUUCCUCGCCGCCGAGGCUUACCUCUCCGACGCCUGCGCGCCGCGCGCCCGCAAGCUCAAGGCCGAGCUCGGCAGGGACAGCAGCAACCUCCAGGUGUCCGUCGGCGACAACGACGAGGUCACCGACGCCUACCAGGGCGCCACGGUCUGGUGGUACGUCGCCAAGAAGGUGCCCAGGUCCAACGUCAUCAGCCUCUACGCCAACCAGGACGACCCGCGCACCUACCUGGUCAUCUUCCACCGGCGCCACCGCGACCUCGUCGUCGGCAACGACGUCUGGAGCCACGUCGCGUUCGAGCACCCGGCCACGUUCGACACGCUCUCCAUGGAUCCCGACGACAAGGAGGAGAUCCUCGAUGACCUCGAGGCGUUCCGGGAGGCUAAGGACUACUACACCAAGGUCGGCAAGGCGUGGAAGCGAGGGUACCUGCUCUAUGGACCCCCGGGCACCGGCAAGUCCACCAUGAUCGCCGCCAUGGCUAACUUCCUCGACUACGACGUCUACGACCUCGAGCUCACGGCGGUCAACAACAACACCGACCUGCGGAAGCUCUUCAUCGAGACGACCGGCAAGUCCAUCAUCGUCAUCGAGGACAUCGACUGCUCCGUUGACCUCACCGGAAAGCGCAAGGACAAAAAGGCCAAGUCCGACAAGGCAGCAGACGGUGACGACAAGCCCAAGCUGCCGAUGGAGCCCGACAAGGACGAAGGCAGCAAGGUCACCCUUUCGGGGCUGCUCAACUUCAUCGACGGCCUGUGGUCGGCGUGCGGCGGCGAGCGCAUCAUCAUCUUCACCACCAACCACAAGGACAAGCUGGACCCGGCGCUCAUCCGGAGAGGCAGGAUGGACAGGCACAUCGAGAUGUCCUACUGCCGCUUCCGGGCGUUCAAGGUGCUCGCCAAGAACUACCUCGACGUCGAGGAGCACGAGCUGUUCGGGCAGAUAGGGCAGCUUCUUGAGGAGACUGACAUGUCACCGGCAGAUGUGGCCGAGAACCUGAUGCCCAUGUCCAAGAAGAAGAAGAGGGACGCCAACGCGUGCUUGGAGAGUCUUGUGGAGGCUCUGAAGCAGGCAAAGGAGGAGGCGGCCAAGGCGAAGGAAGAAGCAGAGGCAGAGGCGGCGGCCGAGGCAGCAAAGAAGGCCAGAGAGGAAGACGAGGCAAAGAAAGGCAGAGGACAAGACGACGAAGGUGACAAAACGUCGGAAUCCAAGAUGAGCAACGGAGACAUCAAAAGUGAUGACAAAUGA